AUGGCGUCGCCGUCCUGCUUCGAAACGCCGUCGUCUGCUCCUUCUUCUUCUUCAAAACUAGAGUGGGGCGAGAAGGUCUCGGACAAGGUGUUCUCACUCUACAACUCUCUUCCCAAGAAAGGCAAGCCUCAGGGUCGCGAAGUCACCGUCUUGGCCGCUUUCCUCGUUUCCUCUCCUUCUCAAGGUCCUACUUUCCUUCGUUCUUUCUUUGCUAAAUUUGAUUUUCCUGCACUUUCCUGGAAAGAAAACAGUGUUCUUAACACUUUCAAUUGUUCAGAAUUGGAAGUUGUCGCUUUGGGAACUGGGACCAAAUGUCUUGGGCGUUCACUCUUGAGCUCCAACGGUGAUGUCGUCAAUGAUUCCCACGCCGAGAUUAUAGCUCGAAGAUCUUUACUGAGGUUCUUCUAUGCACAGAUUCAGUGUCUUACUCAAGUUUAUAGUAAGCAAAGUGAUAGCAAUGGAAGCACACAAACGCAAAAUGGUGAUGCCAAAAACUUGCUUUUUGAAUUGGACCCUAAUGGUGAAGGCCAAGGAAAAUACAAACUGAGGAAGGGUUUGCAAUUACACUUGUACAUAUCACAACUACCAUGUGGGGUUGCAUCUCCGAGUUCACUGUUGUCUCCCCAAAAAAACAUCUCACCAACAGAACGGGGUUCAUCUUUGGACGAGCUUAAUGUUUCAAUAAAUGAAGAGGCUCUGCCAAAUACUAAUGGUGAUGCUUCACAACUAAUUGGCUCGGUUCAAAGAAAGCCUGGUCGUGGUGAUACGACUUUAUCAGUUAGUUGCUCUGACAAGAUGGCUCGUUGGAAUGUAGUUGGAGUUCAAGGAGCUCUGCUUUCAUUCUUUCUGCAACCUGUUUACCUUUCUUCCAUUACUGUUGGACAAUCGCCUCAUGGCUCUGAAAUGGUUCGUGUGGUUGAUCGCUUGAAACAAGCACUGCAUGAUCGCAUUCUACCAUUGUCAAAUGAGCUAAUGAGUCCCUUUCAAGUGAACCAGCCACUAAUAUGGGCAGCUCCAAUGCCACCAAAGGAAUUUCAGCAUUCUGAGACUGCUUUGACCACUUUAACAUGCGGGUAUUCAAUUUGUUGGAAUAAGGCUGGUUUGCAUGAAGUCAUUCUUGGAACCACUGGAAGAAAGCAAGGCACCGCUGCCAAAGGAGCACAUUAUCCGUCUACUGAGUCAUCUUUAUGCAAAAAGCGGCUGUUGCAGAUUUUCUUGUCCCUAAGACAUGAAUGCCCUGUCAAAAUCCCAGUCAAUCAGAUUUCGUAUCGAGAAAUCAAGGAAAUGGCGCAGGAAUUCAAUUUAACCUCAAAAGUUCUAAAAAGAAGACCUCCCUUUAGUAAUUGGCCUCUGAAACUCCCACAUUUUGAGGCAUUCUCUGCCAUGAUAUAG